AUGUUCAGAUCAAUUGCCAGAGCUCAAUUGCCUCGUUUUUCCACCCCUGUGAGAUCCUUCCAUGGUUCUGCUGUCAGGGCCGUCAAGGUCGGUGACACCAUUCCCUCUGCUCCCUUGUACGAGGGUUCUCCAGGCAAUGAAGUCAAUUUGGCUGAGGAGAUUGGCAACAAGAAAGCCUUGAUUGUUGGUGUUCCAGGUGCUUUCUCUCCAGCAUGUUCUGCUUCCCAUGUUCCUGGUUACUACAAGUUGAUCAGAGGCUUCAACGAUAAGGGAAUCACCCAUUUCUACGUGAUUGCCGUGAACGAUCCGUUUGUGACCAAGGCUUGGGGUGAAAGCAUCACCUCCCACACUACUGGUAGUGACCAGGUGAAGUUCUUGGCUGACUCUAGAGGUGAAUUCUCCAGAGAUUGGGAUGUGCUUUUCGAUGCUGCUAAGGUGUUCGGAGGCCAGAGAAGUGGCAGAUACGCUGUUUUGGUCGAAAACGGUAAGGUUGCCAAGACGUUUGUGGAGCCAGAUAACACCUCUGUCGAUGUUUCCGCUGCCGACAAGGUGUUGGACAACUUGGAGUAG